AUGAACGCCUCUUUGAACGUCAGCAACGGCAACGCGUCGGACGGCGACCGAUGGGACGUCGGCAGCGACGCCGAUAGACAGCGCGUCUUCUUCUCCGGCGGCAGCACGGCGAACGCCGUCUUCUUGUCGAUCGUCGUGUCGGCGUCGGUCGUCACGACGGUCGGCAACGGUCUCGUCAUUCUCAUCAUCGCCGCCGUGCGUCGGCUGCGCACUUCCGCCAACCUGACGAUCGUCAAUCUCGCCUGCUGCGACUUCGUGAUCGGCUGCACGAUGUGGACGGCGACGACGUCGCACGACAACGCCGUCGGCUGCUCGGCGUUCAUCGGCUUACGGGCGAGUGUCGUCGUACGUACGUCUGUGGCUGGAAGCAUCGUGCAUCUGGAAGCUCUCCAACGCAACAUGGCCUGGACAUCGCUCGGCUGCCUCCUCAUUAUAUGCGCUGGAUUGACCUGUGCGGAAAGUCCGCGAGCGGCAAUGUUGAACACUGACUGCAUACUGGGAUGUCCGGAGAUCUACUCACCUGUGUGCGCCAGCGACGGCUACACCUACGACAGCCGAUGCGUGCUUGACUGCAUCAUCAUGGACAUUCAGACGAGAACAAUUCCAAUGGAACCGGCCGAUCCCGUAUUGUUUAACAGCGUCGGUCCGUGCAACGCAACCGACCAAGAGUUUGAGAACUGCAGCUACUGCAACCUGGAGUUCGACGCAGUUUGUGGGACAGAUGGCACCACCUACACUAACAUCUGCGAACUCGACUGCAUCGCUUAUCAGAAAGAUGACGCUACGCUAGCCGUAGACUACGAAGGAGAAUGUGACCGACAAACGGGUACCGGACCAGGAUUGACCUGUGCGGAAAGUCCGCGAGCGGCAAUGUUGAACACUGACUGCAUACUGGGAUGUCCGGAGAUCUACUCACCUGUGUGCGCCAGCGACGGCUACACCUACGACAGCCGAUGCGUGCUUGACUGCAUCAUCAUGGACAUUCAGACGAGAACAACGACCCAGUUCGUCUGCGACUGCCCUGACGUGGUCGCCUACGUGUGCGGCUCGGACGGGAGCACCUAUCCCAACGAGUGCAUGUUGAACUGCGCCCGAAUUGAGCAGGGUGAUGACGACCUUAUAGUGGAGUUUGAAGGACACUGCGACGAUGUCACGCUACCGGGCGACUGCAACUGCGAUGAUACAGAGAAUUUCGUGUGUGGAACCGACGGCAACACGUACAUUAAUGAAUGCAUGCUCAAUUGUUCACGAGACGAAACCGGUUCCGGAGAUGACGAGCUCGAUGUUGACUACAGUGGAGAGUGCGGUAUGGCGACGACGCCCACACCGUGCACCUGUCAGCCAAUCAUACGCUACGUCUGCGGUACCGACGGAGAAACAUACACCAACGAAUGCUUUCUGGAAUGCACCGUCAGAGAAUCUGGGGACCAAGACUUGGCGGUGGCUUCCCUGGGGCCGUGCCCUGACGCGACCACGCCUGCCAGCUGCUCCUGCCCCAGGAACGUGGCGUAUGUGUGCGGCACGGACGGCAACACCUACACAAACGAGUGCUUCUUACAGUGCGAGCGCGACAACCGAGGUGACGGACGGCUGAGCGUCGCCUACACGGGACAGUGUGAUGAUCCGGACGCAACGACGCCGACGCCGACCCCGUGCACCUGUCCGCGCAUUGUCGACUACGUGUGCGGCACCGACGGAGAGACGUACCAGAACGAGUGCAUGCUCGACUGCACCAGGGACGAGAUCGAUUAUGUCACAAAAUCCCAUUAA